AUGUUCGUCAAUCCUAUUUUCGGGGCGGCCAUCCUUGGGGCUCUGGUCCUCGUGUAUUUGGGCCGCUGCUACUCAUCUCCGUUAUGGAACAUUCCAGGCCCAGCACUGUCAAAGGUCACCUCUUUUGUCUUGAGAUGGCACGAAUUUGGCGCCAAUCGAACGCUAUACAUCCACUCUCUUCACUUGAAGUACGGUCCAGUGGUGCGCAUUGCGCCCAAUGAGGUCUCAUUUACGUCUUAUGAGGCUAUCAAAGAGGUCUACGGAUCGCUGGGAAGCGGUUAUGACAAGCAUAAUUUCUAUGAUCUUUUCAGGGUGUUUGGGCGCAGAACAAUGUUUUCAACCCUCAUGAAGGGCGAUCACGCCAAGCGCAAGCGAAUUCUGGCUGAUCGCUAUGCCAAUAGUAACGUCAUGAAGCCUAUGGUACUAAGCGGUAUCGAAAAACGCGCCGAGGAUUUCGUAAAGCAAUGCAUAGACACAGCAAAGAAUACUGUCGAUGUCUACGUAAUUACAGAAUCCGCACAUCCCGAGAAUUACCCAUCGGAUCUCUCAUUGACAUAUCGCCUCAUUCAGCACCACUAUCCAGUCUUUUACCAGUACUUUUGCAAACUUCUUGACCUAUUCUUCGACCCACGAACCACUCCACUCGCAAAGGAUUUCGUACUUGGCGCUACCUCGAGAAUCGAUCCCGCCAACUUCACUCUUCUCAGUCGCCUACAAGACAAGACCGAGAGCGGUAGCAGUAUCAACCAGUUGGACAAUAUUGAUGUUGCCGCAGAAUGCAUGGAUCACAUGGUCGCUGGUAUUGACACCACAGGCGACUCGCUAUGCUUCUUGAUGUGGGAACUGUCACAGCCGGCAUCUCUUGACAUUCAGAGGAAGCUCCAACGGGAGAUUCAAGAUAACCCAGACAUUUCUUUUCAUAGGCUUUCCUUCCUUGACGCUGUGGUUCAAGAGGGACUACGAUGUUAUCCCGCGAUCCCAAUGUCUUUACCUCGGGUGGCCCCCCCAGGCGGAAAGACAAUCGACGACUUUUUUAUUCCUGAGGGUACUAUUGUGAGCAGCCAGGCAUACUCAGUACAUCGGCACAACUAUGAAGUCUUUCCUGAUCCCGACGUCUUCAACCCCGAGCGGUGGAUGUCUCCUAUUGGCGAGCCUGCGAGGAAGCGGCACAUGUUUGCGUUUUCCCAUGGCGGCAGAGGAUGUGUUGGAAAGCACCUCGCAUUGGCGGAGAUGAAAGUCCUGCUUCAUGCCGUAUAUGGCCGCUAUUGUACAGUUCCAGAUCCCGCGGCUCCUCCUGAGAGCAUGAGGUCCCACGAUCAGAUCAUUUCUGCCCGACCAUACGGACAACAGUGUCUCUUGAGAUUCAUCCCGUUACCGGAGUCAAAAGCCUAG